AUGCCAAUAGCCAGGGCAGAUGGUGAGGGCUGGGAUCUGACAGAAGCCUGGGACACAAGAGGGAGAGAUUGUUUGCUUUUUUGGAUGGGCUUCCCCACCAGUGACAGUCAUGAGCUUCCAUCUGCAAGGGUAAGAGAGCAGGGUGACACCAUCCACCAGCAGGGUGGGACUUCAGUGAGCAACACAGUGCCUCCAGUAGAGACUGAAGCCACGUACACCAAACCCUGCCCCCCUGUGUUCUUCAGAGACAUCUUUGCUAGGCCUGAAGUUCUGGAUCAAAUACAAAAUUUAAGGGAGUUAUGGAUGGAUAAUAAUGCAUUACAAGUGCUACCUGGGUCUAUAGGGAAGUUAAAGAUGUUGGUAUACCUGGAUAUGUCAAAAAACAGAAUAGAAACGGUUGACAUGGAAAUUUCUGGAUGUGAAGCCCUUGAAGACCUCUUACUGUCAUCCAAUAUGUUGCAACAGUUGCCCGACUCUAUAGGUCUUUUGAAAAAACUAACUACUCUCAAAGUAGAUGACAAUCAACUUACAAUACUACCCAAUACAAUCGGAAAUUUAUCUUUAUUAGAAGAAUUUGACUGUAGCUGUAAUGAAUUGGAGUCUCUACCUUCUACUAUCGGCUACCUUCAUAGUCUUCGAACGUUAGCAGUCGAUGAGAAUUUCCUUCCAGAAUUACCCAGAGAAGUGAGAAAUAAACUUGUUUUUGUUAACUAA